GUUGAUUCUUAUCAGUGAAGUACAAUCUUGUACACAGGCAACACACAGCUUGAUUGCACUGUAAACAUGUGGCUCGGUGCCGUCUUGUUUGGCCUUCUUCUGAAUGUUUUCCGAACUGAAGGGUCACCCGUACAGAGUUGUCAGUACGGCAUUCAGUUCUUCCACGUAGGGCAACAUUUCAUGAAGAACGAAUGUGAACCCUGCGUGUGUGACGUCAAUCUCGGCAUCUCCUGCGUCGCUAUUAUGUGUCAGAACAGCGCAUGCGUGGACGCUUUCCGGGAAUCCGGAGAGUGUUGUACUGUCUGUCCAAAUGGCCCCAACUGCCGUCAUGGUAACCAGGUUAUUCCUGCCGGGAAAGAGACCGUGAUUGGUGGGCAGACCUGCAAAUGUCCGGAUGUCAAAACGUACCCACCAACAUCGUUGGAUGCCAUUUGCGUGUAGCAUCAGAAUAACGUGUAUUAUAUCUGAUGUUAAAAAUAAAUGCAGCAGAGAUAUGUGA